AUGGAGGCCUUCCCACCCGCACCCCAGCCAAUUGGCAUUUUCGACCAAUUCAUCGCCCGACAGACGGAAACCGUUGUCGUGGAUGAAAAGGUCAUGUCGCUGUCCGGAGACAGCUUCGACAUCAAGCUCGCCAAUGGAUUCCCGCUCCUCCGCGUUCAAGGUAACGCUUUGUCCCUCCGAGGCCGGAAGGAGGUCUUCGACAUGGCCAACAAUCAUCUUUUCACAAUUGUCAAUAAGCUGCUGUCAUUCCGGCCGACAUUUCUCGUUGAGAAUCCGUCUGGUCAGACCAUCAUGGAAGUAAAGAGCAGCCUUUCGACCCUCAUUGGUUCCAAAGCCACAAUCACAUUCACUUCCAAGAGCGGAAAGCAAGAAGUCCUUGUCAUGAGAGGCAACUGGCGAUCUUCCAGUGCAGAUAUCGUGGAGGAGUCCACCGGCUUCGUUGUGGCUAGAAUCAAGCGCGACAGGAACCUGAAGCAUUACUUUGCAGGUCAGCAGACGUAUACCGUCACUGUCGCCCCGGGUGUGGACAUGGCGCUCGUAGUAGCGAUGUGUAUCUGUAUGGAUGAGAAGAAUAACGACAAAUAA